AUUUUUAUUAAAAUUAGAAUAUCAAAAUAAAUAAUUUAGUUAAAAGUUUGGUUGACGUUUAUGGACUUUCGAGUUUACGGACUUAUUACAAAGCAAACGAUUUGGAAAUGGAUGGAAUUCAUUUAAAUGAUGGUUUAUCAGAUCCACCGGUUGCCGUAUAUGGACUUUUGAGGAAAGAGGUCUUUAUUAUAACAAAAGAAUAUUUUUCAAACGAUUUGCAAGUGAUCAUAGAACAAUUGGAAACGUCAUUGACUGAAAAGAUUGGAUAUUUAAUUUCAAUUCGCGACAACAUGAGACCUACUAUUUCUGUUUUAAUGACAAAAUUUAGAAAGAAAUAUAAGGAAGCAGCUCAACGACAAGAUUACUUUUUCAAAAAGAACGAAAACUGGUUAAAAACUUCAGUAUAUUUUCAGAUUGAUGCAAAACGUGCAAUUGUGAAUAAAUCAACGGGUCGACCCACCAGAAGUUUCGAAACUUUAUCUGAUAGGUCCAAAAGAAGGAGGACUAAAGAGAUGCGUACGAAGUUCAGCCCUGCCGAACUAUCAUUUGCUACGCAAAUGAGUCUUCGAUCUUCAGGGCAUUCAGAUGCUGCUAAGAUUGUGAAUGACGUUACACUAUCAAGUCCAUUCAAGGCAACAAAAUACAAGGAAAGUUUACAACUAUCAUUAUCAUUGCCAGCCUUUUAUGAUGCAAAUGAAGCUCUAGCACUUUUAUUAGACCUAAGUUUGACGAAAGAUUUGUACUAGCAUUUGAGAAAUCAGGCAAAAAAAAAAAGGCUUAAAUACAUUUUAUCCACCAUACUCAGCUGUAUUGGCAGCAAAAAAAUGUUGCUACCCUCCAGACGACACCUUAAAUUUUACUGAAUCAAAAGCUGAGGUACAGUUGCAAGCUUUAUUAGACCACACCGUUCAACGUAUUUUACUGCUGAACCAAGACAAUAUUACAUAUAAGAGUGAUUCAGAAAUAUUGAAUAUGACUUUGAUUUGUAAGUGGGGCUUUGAUGGAACAUCCGGACAAAGCAUUUAUAAAAUGACUUUUGAAGAUCCGAAUAUAUCAGAUGCAAGUUUACUUUUUACUUCGCUUGUUCCAUCGCAACUUGUAGGUGUAAAUCAAGAAACAAAAAAAGAAAAUCUCUUAUGGAGUAAUCCGAAGCCAUCUUCAACCCUCUUUUGCAGACCUCUAAAAUUGCAAUUUACAAAGGAAACUGAGGAAACUUUUAUAAAUGAGAAAACGCAUUUUGACAAACAGAUUGAACAACUCCAACCAUUAAAAACAACCAUUCAUAUGAAAAAUGUUUUUAUUCAAUACAGUUUAAGUAUGACCAUGUUAGAUAGUAAAGUAUGCAAUGCUAUCAACAACACAAAAUCUGUGCAACAGUGUUAUCUCUGCCAGGCAACUUUCAAGCAAUUUAAUAACAUUGAUGAAGUUUUGCAAAGACCGGUAACCACUGAUUAUCUACAGUACGGACUGUCAACUCUACACACCUGGAUUCGAUGUUUUGAAUGCUGUAUUCAUUUGGGAUACAAAAAAAAAAGGAAAAAAUGGCAAGCGCGUAAAGAAGAAGAUAAGCAGGAAAAAGCAACAAUGAAAGCUAGCAUCCAAAACCUACAUUUUAUCUCUGCUAAAUCAACACCAAAAAAAUUGAAGACUUUGUUGCCAGAGGCUGUUGCCUUCUUGGUUCCUGUAACAGAAGAUUAUGAAGACUCUGACGCAGAUUCCGAUGAAACAAACUUUGAAUAUAAUAAAGAUUUCAACAAAGAGACAGAUCAAGAUGAAAAAGAACCAAAAUGAUUAUAACUGAAACAAAAUGUUUUUUCUAUAUUUAACACUAUCUUCCAUCAUUUGACCCAUUUUUUAGCACUUACGGGCACAUUAGAUCCACCAUUUUGUUUUUUAAUUUUUUUAAACUUUUUUUUGUCAAAUUUUUAAUUUGUGGCCUAAAAGAACUUUUUAAACCCAUUUAUGAGCAACUUAAACAAUUUUUUAACAUAUAUAUCCCCCAUAUUGGAUCCGCAAUUUUGUUUUUCUUUUUUUUUUUAGCAAAAUUUUAAUCAGUAACUUCAAAAAAUAUUUGCCAUGAAAUUUCAGGCAAAUCAUUUAACGUUUUCUUAUUUUGACCAGCUUUUUCGAUGUCUGACCCACUGUGAAGCGCCAUUAAUUAUGUAAAAUUGUGGAAUGCAGAUUAAAGUUCUUAUAGUCGCUAAAUUACUGGUUUUUCUUCACGGAUUAUUUAGCAAAGUUUACAUUGUUUACCCAGGAUUUUACUUUUGCAAUAUGGAUUUACAACAUUGAAGUUGUAAAUCCAUAUUGUAAAUCCACUGAAGCUAAAUUUCUUUUGAAUAAAUAAUAAAUGUAUAUCAAUAAAACUAAACUUUUA